AUGAAGCGGAGCCGCCGCUGCGCUCCGCGGAGACGGUGUGGGACGCAGCGGCGGCGGUGGAGCGGGCAUCUUCGGGCACCGAGCGGCGGCGGCCGAGCCGGAGCCCUGCCGGGGCGGUGGCGGCGUGCGGGGCGGGAGCGUUGAGGAGCGGGCUCGGCGGCGGUCCCCGGCCCCGGAGGGUGCCCGGCGGUCCCCGGCCCCGCCAGCCGCCUGCCCCCCAGCGCCGGGCCGUGGGCUGCCCGCGGCGGCGCUGAGGCGCGGGCGGCGCGGCGGGAGGUGGCGGCAGCCGAAGCGAAGGCGCGGGGAAGGGGCGCUGCGAGGCAGGGAGAUGUCCGCCCCGUACAGCAGCCUGAUGAGAUACCUGUUCCCAGCCCUGCUGCUGCAUGGGCUGGGAGAAGGUUCUGCUCUUCUGCACCCGGACAGCAGAUCCCACCCUCGGUCCUUGGAGAAGAGCGCAUGGAGGGCCUUCAAGGAGUCACAGUGUCACCAUAUGCUGAAACACCUCCACAAUGGAGCCCGAAUCACUGUGCAGAUGCCUCCCAAUAUUGAGGGGCACUGGGUCUCUACUGGCUGCGAAGUUAGAGCAGGCCCAGAGUUCAUCACAAGAUCUUACAGGUUCUACCACAACAAUACGUUUAAGGCCUAUCAGUUUUAUUACGGUGGCAAUCGCUGCACAAAUCCUAUCUACACAUUAGUUAUACGUGGCAAAAUACGUCUCCGCCAAGCAUCCUGGAUCAUCCGAGGGGGUACCGAAGCUGAUUAUCAGCUACGCAACAUACAAAUCAUAUGCCACAAUGAAGCAAUAGCCAAAAAAUUAAGCGAGUUGGUGAACCAUACGUGUCCUGGAUUUAUACCAGAAGAUAGCCCCUGGGAGCAGGAUGUGAGCUAUGAUUUGCUGAGAGAAGAGAAUGGCUGUGAAUGCACCAAAGCUCUGAAUUUUGCCAUGCACGAACUCCAGCUGAUCCGUGUGGAGAAGCAGUACCUGCACCAUAAUUUAGACCACCUUGUGGAGGAGCUAUUUCUUGGAGACAUUCAUACCGAUGCUACUCAGAGGAGGUACUAUCGGCCCUCUAGUUAUCAGCCUCCUCUUCAAAAUGCCAAGAACCACGACCGCACAUGCAUCGCGUGCAGAAUCAUCUACCGGUCGGACGAGCACCAUCCUCCCAUCUUACCCCCCAAGGCGGAUCUGACCAUAGGGCUACACGGAGAGUGGGUGAGCCAGCGCUGCGAGGUGCGUCCAGAGGUCCUCUUCCUCACUCGGCACUUCAUCUUCCAUGACAACAACAACACCUGGGAAGGUCACUACUACCACUACUCCGACCCCAUCUGCAAGCACCCUACCUUCACCAUCUACGCCAAGGGACGCUACAGUCGGGGAGUGCAUUCAUCCAAAGUGAUGGGCGGCACAGAGUUUGUGUUCAAAGUGAAUCACAUGAAGGUCACUCCCAUGGAUAUAUCCACAGCCUCCCUGCUCAACGUCUUCAACGGCAAUGAGUGCGGAGCACAGGGGUCCUGGCAAGUUGGGGUUCAGCAAGAUGUCACCCACACGAAUGGCUGCAUCGCGCUCGGCAUCCGCCUACCUCACACUGAGUACGAAAUCUUCAAAAUGGAGCAGGAUGCCCGGGGCAGGUACUUGCUGUACAACGGCCAGAGACCGAGCGACGGGUCCAGCCCUGACCGACCGGAGAAGAGAGCCACUUCCUACCAGAUGCCUUUAAUUCAGUGUGCUUCAUCAGUACCCAGAUCUGAAGAGUCACCAGAGGAGAAUAAAAUAAGGCUGUAUAACAGCAGGGCACCGGAAAAAUAUCCCAGAUCCCCAGCUCUUGCUUUGGUGUUGUUUAUUUGUACUGUGUCAUAUUGGGACAUUCUCAGCUAGAAGUGAAAAAAACUUAUUUUUCACGACUACAAAGCCAGGAUUCCACCAGACUGGGGGUUGUUUUUCUUCUGAAAGAAAGGGACAUUUAUUUUCUUGAUGCACUUGAAUGCCUGAGAACUGUUGUUCGUUUCCUUACGUUCCCCCUCCUCCUCGAAUCCCGAACGGCACUCGUUUGAUGUUUGUGCUUUGAACUUCAUCCAGUCUGAUCCCUGGCCUGACAUGACUGCACAAAAGUAAUUGCACUUUAGGACUGCAGACUUUUGGGGGGAGGGAGGGGUGUCUCCUUUUAUUUUUUUUUUUUUUUUUAACUGCUGGGGUGAACAUUACGAUCCUGCUUCAGUCAUCUCUGCCAUCUUACCAUUGUGGUACUCUUCUCCCAACGCUGGGUUUCCCAUCAGAAUUUAUCUCUGGGGAAGGGCUCGGUGUCGUGCCAGUACUGUGGUAGCAACUUCCCCCUCUGACUUCACAGCUCUGAUGUACAUAUAAGGAGGAAAGCCACAAAGAUUCAUCUUGUCGUUAUCUCUCAGCUCCUAACACAAAGAGGAACAGCAAAUCAACAGCCCUCCAUUCAUAUAGUGCUAAACAGUUGAUACCUCUAAUUAAAAAAUAUUCCAAGUAAUUGAAGCUAUUUUUACAAUUGUUAAGUUGUAAAAAUAACCAGUGGUUUAAUAUUUUCUCAUUCAACUUCCUUAGCUAUGUAAUUGCUUCGAGGCCUCCCUUUGUAUCUAGCAAAUAGUUACAAGCAAGCCCCCUUAAAGCCAGACAGAAGCAGCAUUUUCCUGUCGGAUGCACACAGUACACAAAAGUUGCUGAUAAAAGCCUGCAGGGACAACUUCUGCUUUAAUGUUCCUGAGGCCUUACAUACUCCACGUGCAGUAUUCAUGCCUUGGAUUUUGUGGCAGCCAGGUGGACAAAGUAAAGGAACAAGCGGGGUCUAAUAUGUUCUGCAACCCUAUUUAGCAGUGUAUUUUUAGUGAUGUGAUCUUACGUAGGAACAAGUAAAGCGUUUCAGCAGCAAGCACACCGUAGCCCCAUCGUAGAGCAAAAAAAGCAGGCAGAAACAGGCCCACAUCCAUCUGAGAGAGACUGGACCAGUGAUACCAGAGGGAGGAGCAAGAGCUGCACAAAUGCAGCUGCCCUCUCCCUUUUCUCCUAGUGGGACUGUCCCAACACAUACCGUGGUUUUACCGAGCUUAAAUUGGCAUUGGUUUGGAGAGCACUGCUGGGAAGGUGGGUAGGCACAGCCCUGAAACCCCUUGGGUUUCCCCAGUGACAAAGACAUCCUUGUGUGCACUGACACAAAUCAAAGCAGACUCUGGAGGUAUUUAAGGCCAGCAAGAAGGUUCAAGUUCAUAGAUAAACCAUGCUCCCCUACUUUAAUGGGGAGCAAGCUGAAGGUGCAGCUUAACCUUGCACCAUUUGGGCUGUGGCUUUUACUGAUAUACACGUUUUGGCUUGCAGGAGGAGCAGGAACCUGUGUAAGAAACAUAAGAAGUAAGGUUAUAGCAUUUCUUCAUCAGUAUCAGUGGCUUCUAGCUGCCCAGUCCAGCAGAGAAAAAAGCCUUUAAUAUGUUAUUUCCAGCAUCAUAGGAGAGGUAUGUCUUGACUGUGGGUCUUUCAGCUUUACAUUACAUGGGUCUCCAUACUGUCUGCUAUAGCAAAAGCAUUCUGAAAACAUAGUGACAACAUGGACCUUGCUAGCAAAAACAGCAGGAAAAAGCCAUUCAAGCAGCAAACAGCUAUGCUCAGGCUCCCUACCUCCUCGAAGUCUGUGCUACCCUGACAGUUUUUCCAAGCUAGUAUCAGCCUUGGAUGUGAAUUUCCUCAGAUUCAUCUGGUUUUGAGACAGCAGGAGGAAGGGGAGAAGGAACAGUAUAAUAGACUUACUGCCAGGUCAGAUCACAUCUUUCACAUUUUUUUCCUCAGACAGAUGAAAAGUCACAGAAAACUCAUUACGAGUCAGGAAUGGAGCUCAGGAUGGCAGAGAAGCUAGGAACCAGGAAGGAGUUUGAUUUUCUCUGGCUAGACUUGGGUUUUUUGUUCAGCAGAUUUAUACCAGCCUAUCUCCAACUGAGUUACUGAACUAUUACAAGAUAGUUAAACACAUCCUUUCAAAUACUAGCUUUGCUUCUGACUUCUGUUCGAGACAGUGGCAUGAGUGAAUUCAUUCUAGUCUCUAUUUAUGAGGAUGGGUAUGGCGUGAUGUUCCUCAGAUCACAUGAGACAAGCUUCUUCCACCACCAUCAACCAUUUCCAUGGUAGGUGGUCUCAUCUCUAGAAAAAAUAUCAAUGGCUAGGAGCUGUCAGACUGUUCCUUCCCUAUGCAAGUGCCACACACAACUCAGUCCCAGCUGCAAUCUGGCACAUGCUCCUGAUGCAGGAUUGAAGCCAAGAGCAAAGGAACUGCUCCACAGCACGAUGUUCUAUACUCAUCAGGGCAGUGAUCUACAGUUGAUUAGUGCUUCAUGGCUCCUCUGUACAUUGCUUAAUGUCAGAAGUAUUACAACAGUUUCAAGAGAAAGACCUGUCUAGUUCUUACCGCUAAAAAGCAUGUUCCUGUCUCACCUGUGUUUUGAAUCACAGACUUGCAAAGAUCUAGGUUUUCCAAGGCUUACCUAACUAAAUGCAAACAUGAUACAAUGUACAAAUGGUAGAAGAACUCCCUUUUUUUUUUUGUCCUGGAGAUAGUUAAAAAGGAAGCACUUGAAAAAGGCCUUCCUAAUGCAUUGCCAGAAAUCUGAUUUGGGGCUUCUCUAUUUUAUUUGUAGCAUUGACCAGAAACAUAAUUUUAUGAUCUGGCUUCUUAGCAUAUGCUGCACCAGCUUCCCUCCUUGUGCCUAUAUAUUUUUUCUUUAUUAUUCUAUUAGCCAACAGAAGCCAAGUUGGACAAAGGUAUAAGUAAGUCUUCAGAGUGCACAGUUUAUUUGCCAAUCCAUAUUCUCUGCAAGGCUUCUCCUAGGCUACAGGCACAGAACUAGGAGCUAAGCUUCCAUGAUCUUUUGGUUUCAUCACGCGCUAAAUUAAACUGCUGCACAGCACCAUAUACAUUUGUGACACAAUAUAUUCCAUUCAUUUUAUUGCUCCAACCUGACCUCAUGUGCUGGCAGCCCUGGCUGCUAAAGAAGUUAAGCCACAAGUGGUUUAGCAGUGGAAGACCUACAAACUGAGUGAUUUGUCCCAUAUUGAAAUGCAGAAGCUUUAAAAAAAAAAAAUGAAACAAUGUUGGUAACUUCAAUAAUUGCCAACAUUGCCAGGACAGGUGAAAAUUCUUCCCUCUGUAAUAUCCUACUCGAGGAACCACUUGACACAAGAAAUGGUAGCCUGAAGAAGUUCUUGUGCAAAUUGUUUUAACAGAUUCUAUUUAAGAAAAAGGACAAAAGGGAUCAGAAAAAUCAAAACAAGUGUUCUUACACUGUUUCUAUACCGUUUACAUAUUGUGCCUGCUGCCUGGGGUAGAAUGUCAUUUUUAUGACCAGAAGUCCAUAUUUUAAGAUAUAAUGUCUGUCUUGCUUGAGUUGGAGUGUGCUUGCUUAAAGUGCAGGAUUUAAAAAAAAAAAACUUUCUAUUUUUGUAAAGUUAUAGGAGAUAUUUUUCUUCUCAACUAUGUUCCAGAUUAAACUGCCGGGGAAGUUUAAGCACUUGUUAAACUAUUGAUUGAAAUAAAAAAGCUUAACUGAAAAAA